AUGGGCCUCAACAACCACUACCGCUCUGUUUCCACCAACGACGAAUCCUUCCCGCUCUCUGAAAAGAGUCAAUCAAGAGCAGGCUGGGGCAAGCAGUCACUCUGUCUUUCUGUCGCCACCGGCACUCUUUUCAUUGCCAUCAUCGUCGCCAUCUUUUCCCUAAUUUCUUCUGUAUUUGUCUCCCACAACCCUACCAAAUCCGAUGCCCUCUCGACAUCGGCGACCAGCGCAGCUGCAGUUGUCGCCAGUACGACACUCGCCAGCACCGCUGCUGUCGCCACGUCCACACCGCUCGUUGAUGACGACUCGAUAAAAUCCACCGAGGGUGCUGAUGACUCGACCCCGCCAAAAGAUGAAAUCCAAAACUGCGGUUAUACACCCGACGAAGCCAGAGCGCGAGGCUGCGUCUUUGACGUGAUGAUGCAACUCUGGACUCCCGCAGCCUGUUUCGAUGAACCGCUGUCAAACCGUUUCCUCGAGGUUGGCAACUGGACCUGGUAUGCUGAUCCAUCCGCCAGUCACAUCUUCACUUUGGAGGAAAUGAGAAAGGGCGAACACGAUGCAGUCUAUGUCGCCCAAGACUACCAUAUUACCCACUGCAUCUACGCGUGGGAGAAGCUCGUCCGGUCGAUGAGGAAUCAGCAGCCCCUCAUCACUGAGUUGAUCUCGUAUGACCAUGUCAUCCACUGCAGACACAAGACCCUUCAGCGAGCCGACGGAGGCAACUCCAUCCGCGGUGUCCGAGCACCUACUGGAUAUACUCAGUGUGCACCAUAUGACACCUGGAAAAACCAUCUACCAGCAAACGAGCACUCGUCGACAGAGUGA